ACCAUGCCCUGCGGCUUUCUCCCGCAGGGCUUCGCGGAGUCUCCCCACCUGGGGCCCAUGCUCUUCCUGCUGCUGCUGGCCGUGCACCUGGCUACCCCGAGCGGGAACCUGCUCAUCCUGGUGGCCGUGGCCUUAGUGCCCAGCCGGCCGCCCAUGCUACUCUUCCUGUGUCCCAUCGAGCUCUGCUACAUGCUGGCAGUGGUGCCCCGCUCCCUGGCCCACCUGGCCUCGCCAGGCCGCGGCCGAGGCAGCCCCAUCUCCUUCCUGGGCUGCACUGUUCAGAUGCAGAUGUUUGUGGCUCUGGGCGGGGCCGAGUGCUUCCUGCUGGCCGCUAUGGCCUAUGACCGCUACGUGGCCAUCUGCCACCCGCUGCGCUACGCGGCUGUGGUGGCACCUGGGCUGUGCGCGCGGCUGGCCCUGGCCUGCUGCUGCCUCGGGGGACUGGCGGUGUCCGUGGGGCUCACGGUGGCCGUCUUCAACCUGCCUUUCUGCGGCUCCCACCUGCUAGCGCCUUUCUUCGGCGACAUCACAGCGCUGCUGCACCUGGCCUGCACGCAGAGCUACGCGGAGGAGCUGCGUCUGCUGGGCGCCUGCCUGGUGUUGCUGCUGCGGCCCUCGCUGCUCAUCCUGGCCUUCCAUGGCGCCAUCGCCGCCGCCCUGAGCCACCUGCGCUCCCCACGCGGCAGGCGCAAGGCUGCCUCCACUUGUGCCUCGCACCUGGCCGUCACCUUCCUCCACUAUGGCUGCUCCACCUUCACGUACAUGCAGCCCAAGGCCAGCUACUCCCCUCGGCAGGAUCGCACGCUGGCGCUGGCCUACACCAACGUCACACCACUGCUCUACCUGCUCAUCUACAGCCUGCGCAACGGCAAAAUCAUGGCCGCCACCCGCUGGGUGCUGAACCCCAGGGCAGGAUCUGUGUGA